AUGGAUAAUCCAGUUCUGGCUCAACUUCUCUCUCGGCUGGCAGUACCGCUCGCGUGGCUGCUGAGCCCAAGGAGGGGAGGGGCCAAAAACCGGGGAAUGACGCGAUUUUUGUCGCCUGUCCCAGAGGUUGAUGCCAGCUCAGAGACGAGCAUCAGGAGCGGAGUCGAGGCAGCAAAAGCUGCAGCAAUACGGAGUGUGGUGGUCGAAAUAUGGGCGUUGCUCGGCGCUGGGUUCAGGGGACAAAGAAUGCGGGCAUGGAGAGCGAGCAAAUGCGGCGAGAGCACUUGGACUGGGUCUGCUGAAAUUAGGCCAAGAAUAAGAAGCUGCCAAAGCAUAGAGGGCUGUUAUGGAUGA